UUACUACUUUGCAUUGUUGCUUAGCUUAGCUUUGCUUAACUCCCCCCUCCCUCUUCACACAGCUCUGCUCUGCUUUGAGCUUUCUUCCUCCCUCCCUUCACUUUCUCCAUCUCCUCUGUCUGUCUGUUUGUUUUACUAGCUACUACUCGAGUGGAGUGGAGUGGAGUGGAGUGCCAUAAUCAAUCAAUCAAUCGAUCAGUGAGUCACCCAGAUAGAUAGAUUGAUUGGAAGAGGAGGCCAUCAUCAUCUCCGGGCAGGCUGCCGAUCCACCAUAGAAUAGGUACAUGCUUACUUAGCAACCAAGUAAGUAUCCUACUUGGAGCAGAGCAGAGCAGAGCAGAGCAGCCGGCCAGCUUCCUUCCACAAUGGCCGCGGAGACUCCUCCAACGCAACACCGCUCCUCUUGCUCUUCUUCAUCUUGCUACCUGCACCGGCGGCUUCCUCUUCUUCAUCUUGCUCUGCUGCUGCACAUCAUCAUCUUCUUCUUCUUGUGCUCCUCCUUCCCCGCCGUCUCACGAGCUCAGAUGCCUGGCUUCCUCAGCAUCGACUGCGGCGGCGCCGCCAACUACACGGACGCCCGGGGCCUGCGCUGGACCUCCGACGCCGCCCUCAUCGCCACCGGCACACCCAUCUCAACCCUCAACACCUCCACCACCGACACCCAGCAGUACACCACCCUGCGCGCCUUCCCGUCCGACGGCGCCAAGCACUGCUACGCGCUCCCCGUCGCCACCCGCGCGCGCUACCUCGUCCGCGCCACCUUCCUCUACGCCGGCUUCGACGGCGACGACGCCUUCCCGGAGUUCGACCUCUACCUCGGCGCCACCCGCUGGUCCCCCAUCGUCGUCUACGACGGCGCACGCCUCGUCACAAGGGAAGCCGUCGUCUUGGCCCAGUCUGCAAGCAUCUCCGUCUGCCUCUCCAACGCCACCACGGGGCGGCCGUUUAUAUCCACCCUAGAGCUCCGGCCGCUCAACGGGUCGCUGUACCGCACCGACGCCGAGGCCCGCGCCUUCCUCGCCCUCGCCGCCCGCAUCAACUUCGGCGCCCCCUCGCCAGAUCCGGUCAGGUAUCCUGAUGAUCCAUACGACCGGAUAUGGGAGUCGGACAUGGUACGGCGGGCCAACUACCUGGUCGACGCGGCACCCGGCACCGUCAACGUGUCCACCGACAAGCCGGUGUUCGUCGCCACGAGCGAGAGGCCGCCGGAGAAGGUGAUGCAGACCGCUGUUGUAGGCACCCUCGGAGAGCUCACCUACCGGCUCAACCUCAACGGCUUCCCGGGCGAUGGCUGGGCCUUCUCCUACUUUGCCGAGAUCGAGGAGUCCGUCGUCCCCGAGACGCGCAAGUUCAAGCUCUUCAUCCCUGGCCUGCCCGAUGUUAGCAAGGCCACCGUUGAUGUCGGUGAGAAUGCUCCUGGGAAGUUACGGCUCUACCAGCCAGGCUACUACAACGUGUCACUCCCCUUCGUGUUGUCAUUCGCGUUCAGAAAGACCAACGACUCAUCCAGGGGACCAAUUCUCAACGCAUUCGAGAUCUACAAGUAUGUUGCGAUCGAGCCCGGGUCCCCGGACGCACUUGCCAUGGCGAGCCUCGCGUCGCGGUACUCAUCCUUCGGUGAUUGGGCCAACGAGGGCGGCGAUCCCUGCUGGCCCUCGCCGUGGUCCUGGGUCAGAUGCUCCUCAGAACCACAACUUAGAGUAGUUUCAAUAAAUCUUUCAGGGAAGAACUUGACAGGGAGCAUACCUCCGGAACUAGUGGCUUUAUCAUUCUUAGCAGAAAUCCGACUUGAUGAUAACAUGCUGACGGGCCCGAUUCCAGACCUUGCCGCCUCUUCGAACCUCUCAAUCAUUCACUUUGAGAACAACCAGCUUACUGGCAGCGUGCCUUCAUAUUUGAGCAGCUUGCCCAAGCUCACUGAGCUCUAUCUUCAGAAUAACAAGCUGUCUGGUUAUAUCCCCAAGGCUCUGAAAAGCAGAGGCAUUGUUUUCAACUAUGCUGGCAAUAUGGACCUGAAGGCAGGGAAUCAAGAGAAGCACCACCUGAUAAUCAUCAUAUCUGCGCUGCUUGGAGUAUCCUUGCUGCUUGCAGUUUCCCUCUGUUGCUACGUGCUGACACGCAAAGCCAACAAGAAAAACUCACCACCAGAAGAUGACCUUACCAAGGCGCCCCCGCCCGCGCACAAGCUGCAGAAGUCAGACGCGCCGUCGUGCGAAAUCGCCACCGAGACCUGCCAUCCCUUCAGAUUAUGCGACCUCGAAGAGGCGACCAAGAAUUUUGAGAACAGGAUUGGCUCUGGAGGUUUCGGGAUAGUGUACUAUGGGAAGCUGCCGGACGGAAGGGAGAUCGCGGUGAAGGUGCCGACGAACGACUCGUACCAGGGGAAAAAGCAGUUCACGAACGAGGUAUCCUUGCUGUCGAGGAUACACCACAGGAACCUGGUGGCGUUUCUGGGGUACUGCCAUGAAGACGGGAGGAACAUCCUGGUCUAUGAGUUCAUGAUGAAUGGCACUCUCAAAGAGCAUCUCCAUGGGCGUGACAAGCACAUAAGCUGGAUUCAGCGACUCGAGAUUGCAGAGGAUUCAGCAAAAGGGAUCGAGUACCUGCACAGCGGAUGCACGCCGUCGAUCAUCCACCGGGACAUCAAGACGAGCAACAUCCUGCUGGACAAGCAGAUGCGGGCCAAGGUGUCGGACUUUGGGCUGUCGAAGCUGGUCGCGGAGGAGUCCCACGCGUCCACCAACGUCCGCGGCACGCUGGGCUACCUGGACCCACAGUACUACAUCUCUCAGCAGCUGACGGAGAAGAGCGACGUGUACAGCUUCGGGAUCAUCCUGCUGGAGCUCAUCUCGGGGCGGCCGCCCAUCUCGGCCAUGACCUUCGGCGACCACUUCCGCAACAUCGGCCCAUGGGCCAAGUUCUACUACGAGAGCGGGGACAUCGAGGCGGUGGUGGACCCGGCCAUCUCCGGGGAGUACCGGGACGUGCACUCGGUGUGGAAGGUGGCGGAGACGGCUGUGCGGUGCAUCGACGCGGAUGCGAGGAGGCGCCCCUGCAUGGCGGAGGUGGUGAAGGAGGUGCAGGAGGCGAUGGCGCUGGAGCGGCCACCCAGCGAGGCGUCGGCGUUGGAGCGGAGGGCGUCGUUCCCGUUCUCGCCGGCGGGGGCGCGGUCGGGGACGGUGCGGUCCCACGACAUGAUCAUGGACAACCUGAUGCGCGAGGACGACGAGUCGUCUUCAUUCCCCAACACCCUCCGCCACCCCGAGCUGCGCUGAUCCAUCCCUAUGGCGGAUUGGAUUCCUUUCAAAACUGAAACUCAAAUUUAUUAUUUAUUAUGUCUCGCCGGGAUCGAGUUUUGUUCCCACAUUUUUGAUUGAUUGAUGAUGAUGAUUCGGGACUGUAUAAGUAAGUGAUGUAGGAGUAGCACUUGGGUAUUUAUUUUAUUAUUCUAGACACACACACACAAAGAAAGAUUGAUUUGGUCCUUUUUUUUGUUUA